CCUAGUCAGCGGAUCAGUAUCUCAUUCAUUUAACAACCAACAGAUCAUCUACUUUGCACGUGUGUUAAAAUGGCUACCGGUGGGAAAGAGCUGAGUCAGAUGUCAUGCGAAGAUUUUGGGGAAUUCAAGGUAGCUUACCCUACUGUAAUGUUCAAAUACAUCGGCUGUAAUAUUGUUUGUGUUAAGGUGCUAAUAUUUGAAAAACAGUGCAACAGUGCAUUUGCAUUCAGUUGCAUUGCUGGGCAACGUAGUCCAAUAUUUAAGAGGCCAGAGCUCGAUCUCGUCAACUGCCUUACCCGAAAUUUAUAAUUAUGAUAGGCAUAGCAUUUUACUGUCAUUCUCUGUCAAUUAACCGCAACUGAUCACUAUUGAAGGGUAAAGACGAACGGUUGAAGAGUUCUACGGAUCUGGACCUCUGCUGGAUACAGUUUAUGAAUUUAGAUUUUUUUUCCAUGGGGAGGAGGGGGGUGGAGGCAGAGGUUGUUGAGAGGGUGUGCUGAUGGGAUUGUGAUAUCCUUACAAUAUACCAGACUCUAAGGUAGUGCCAUGUUUGUUUGGACCCUUUAACUUGAAGAGACCCAAUCAAACUUACCCUAUUGCAGAUUUACCAUUUUCAAGAAAACUUAUUACUUUGUAGUCCCAUACCACCAGAGUUCUUUUCCCAAAGAGGCCCAAAGAGAAAUUGUGGGAAUCAUUAUCAUAGGGAAAUUCUCCAUAUCAUGAAAAGUUGCCCUGUGAAAUGUAACCAAAAUUUUUCAUACUAAUCUGCUACAUCCAAACCCUAACCCAGACCCUAUUUAAGACGAGAAACAUUACCACAUUUUGGGACCAGAUAUGAAAAAAAUUUACUGGAAAGGAACCAGAAUGGAUCAAUCACUAUGAGAAAAAUGAGCUUAUUUCUGUAGCCUUAGGUGACCAAGAGAAUUGCUUCUCUUCAUGGAUGUAAUACUAACCUUUCAGCAUUUUGUAUUCUUCAGUGGAGGGAGAUGCUUUUAGAGGGGAGUGUCUUCCCCAUAAAAACAUUUUUAACCCUUAAACUGUUAACAGUGUCUAGCAUCUAAUUUCUCCUUACAAUAUUACCUCUGAAUCACACCUAAAGGAUACACAAAUAAAGGAACUGAUCACCAACUAAAGAUGCUCUUGAUUGUUAAACAAAUUCUCCUUGUCAGCACCUUAGAAAAUGUACAUAGAUAAGUAUGUAGAAUAUGCAUACUGAUGUUAGCAUGUAAAGGGUUAAAAUGACUCGGUCAGAGCUUGAUGCAGGAACUUGUAUCCAGAGUAUGGUGUGUUGACUAUGAGGCCCAUGGAUCUCUCAUGAAGAAAAGCCAAAAUAAAAUAACUUUUUUGUUUACCUGGUCUUAUUGCAGGAAGCAUUGAAGGUUCUUAGACUUGUUGAUGAUACAAUCAUUUACAAAUUAAACACAAGUAUUCCAACAGAUUCCUUUGUUGGAGAAAUCAAUGCUGAACAAAAAUGUCAAGAACUUUAUAAUGAGGUAAAUAAGAAACAAUAUCGAGGUGUAUUGCUAUAACCAUCAACUUGUUUAAAAAAAAAUGGCUUAAGUGUUUGGAUCAGUAAGUUUAUUAAGAUUAUAAGGAUAUACCUGGGUUGACUCAGUUGUUGUAAUAACAAGGAGGUUAUAAGCACUUUGUUAGUAAACACCAAAGAUGGGAGACUUGUCUGCCUGCUACCCAGAAUUCUAAGAGGAAUAUUUUAACAUCCUGAGGGAUUUUCUUUGUGCAGAUGUGAUGGAGAAUAUGCUUGUGUUACUUUGCACUUUUUCCUCUGCUACAAUUCUGUAUGAAAACCCUUCAUACUGAAGGGUCCAUGUUAAUUAGAUUGUCUACUUAAUCUUUACCAUCAUUGUUAUUAAUUUGUCUUGAAAACAGCAGCUUCUCACUCAUUAGUGUAAUUGCUAUUAAGGAUAUCGUCGAGCUUCUGCUUGUUUUUUGUGAAAAAAAAUUGUUUAGUUUAACAUCCCAUUUGAAGCAUAACCAUCAUAGACUACUUGUCAAUGGAAAGGUUAUGAGAUGCACUAUGUGACAAAAAUUGUUCUGUUUUAGCUUGAUCUGGUUGUAACCUGACCAAGGCGCAACAAUUUGAAAUGGAUUGUGAGGCCAAGUUUGUUUUUAGAAGUCCUCACCCAUUUUCAGUCCCAUGGCAAGUUCCUAAAUAAGGCCAAGUAAUGAGGCUUUCAGAAAUAGAUGAAGUAGCACUGACAACAUUGUACAUUAUUGUUUGAGUGACUCAGUUUAAAUUAUUUUUACUACUUUAUUUCAUUUUUUUUCUUUAAUCUAAAGUUGAUGUCAGGUUACAAGACAAGAGAUCAGGCCAUAAAGAAAUGCAUCACAGAAGUUUCUGAAAACACCAAACAACUUAGAGAAGAAACAGAAAAGAACCCUGAGAAUGGUCAAAUUAUGAGAAAUCUUAAAAAAGAACAAACAAAGGUAACAGCAAUAUGAAGGAGUGGGAAUUUGAUAAUGGGAAUUUAGCAGUAUACAUUCCAUAAAGUGGCUCUUUUAGUCCACUGUUUGCAGGUCAUAUUGGAAUGUUGAAUGUUGGUUUUCAUGGAGGGGGGUAAAGCGAAAGACCCAGAGGAAAAACCCAUUGAUAGCAGGGAUGAGAAGCAACAACAAACUAAACCCACCUGUGAAGCCAAGUUUGGGAAUCGAACCCUGGCCACAGCAGAGUGAAUCAAGUGCUCUCACUACUAUCCUAUCCCUGCUCCCCUAUCAUUUUUCCUCAACAUCAUCCAGCUAAAAGCCUGUUACUCGUAGUAUACAAACCAUACCUGUGGAAUUUUAACUCUUUUCUUGAGUGGACAUUCAACUUUUUUCAAAUUGAUUUGGAUGAGCUCUUUGCUGUGUGAGAGAAAAUACUCUCUAUGCAAUUGAUAGUGAGGGUCAAAGCUGGAAAGUUGGUUGGUAUAUUCCAGUUUUUCCUGUCAUUAACUCUUCAACUACCAUGACUGACCAAAACAUAAUUUCUUCUUACCACAACAAUGCUGUGUCAAGCAGACAAAAGAUGAGAAGAAAGAAAGAUAUCAGUAGGUGAUUAUUUGUUGAUCCAAUACCAAAUUCUCCAAAGUAACGUCAUAAGUAUUGAAUUGCAGACAGUAAGUAGAAUUUAUAAUUAAAUCUUUGGAGGGUGAGGUUAUACACAAGCCUGAUCACUAUCAGACCCUUGAAGGAUUCUUUCCAGCUUACAUGGCUUUUUCUGUUCAUUUACAGCUUAGGUUAAUGCAAACUGAACUUAGCGUCGAAGAGGUUUUACAAAAUAGGACCCUUAAGGUGGGUUUUUACAAGAUGUCUUUUGCACCUUGUGCUCCAUUCCAUGCACAGAAUGAAGUAUUGAUGUCUGUCAAUACUUUUAACCCUUUAAUCCCUAAGGGUGACAAGGUUCUAAUUUCUCCUUACAAUAUCACCCUUGAAUAAAAGGUUUAAGUCACGAGAAUAAAGGAAAUGAUCAGCAACCAAAAAAACUCUUGAUGGUUUUACAAAUUCUCCCUGUUAGAACCUAGGAAAUGUACAGAGAACAGUAUGGAGAAUAUGCAUAAUGAUGUUAGGGUGUAAAGGGUUAAAUAUUGAAGGAGGAACGUAAACAAGAUUACAGAAUUUUAGAAUAGGAGUGAUGAGUGAAGUUUUAUUUCUGUCAUGAUUAUAAAGACAUUGUAGUUUCUAAUGUUUUUGUUUGUAAUACUUGAACAAUAUCUUUGCUUCACCAUUGGAAAUGUGUUUACCAGCAUCUCACCCGAAACCAUGGUGUCAUAUUGAUAAAAUUUUUAAACUAUUUUCCCAUUUUUGACUUUCUGUUUUUGACUGUAAAAUUAAUAUUAACUCUUGUUUUUGCAUCACAGGCUUUUAAUGGACGAUGCUGGAAGUAUUUCAAACCACAAUGAUGUCUGCAACAUACAAUUACAAUUAAUUCAGUUGAUUUUAACUUGUAUCUUAUCCCAUGUAUGUAUUGAUUUGAUGGGUGUUUCUGUUACUCAGUGGGACUGCAGUUUAGGUAGAGGGGCCAGUGAAGGUUAUUGACUUUGUUGGACUACACAGACAGCAAAGCACCACAGUUGUCUAUCUUUUUUCUUCAUACUUCUUGAUCAAACAACAGAGCCUGUAAAUAUUUCUUUUUCCAUUUUCCUGUGUUUUUCUGGAAGUUUUUCCUUUGGUUAUUAGCGAUGGUUGUCUGUUGAGUUCUAAACUAGGAUCACAGUUGAUGCAUUCAAACCAUACUGUCCUUUCUAGCAAAGCACUUGUACCAAAUGCACUUAAAUAAUGGUGAAACAAACCUUCACAAUUAACUGUUUUGCUGUUUAUGGUAGUCUUGGGUAUUUCAUUACUCUAGUCAUUGACUUAUGUUUAAGGUGACUUAUUUGAUCACUAGCCUUCUUCACAAAUUUGUGAUUUUAAAAUAUUGUGAAGCAAGUUAUUAAUCACAGUGAUGAGGUUGAAGCAUUGUGUAAUUCUGGGCCUUAGAGUAUCAUUGAAAAAAGUCUUGUGGGGGAGGGCACCACAGAGUUCAUGAUCACUGGUCCCUAAUGAUAGUUUGGAGAAAAUAAAAGCUGUUAGAAUAAUGCAUAACUGACGAGUCUCAAUGGAAACCUGGGUUGUUUGGUAACUAUUAAAAAGACAAAUAAUAAUAUUGAUAAUGCUCUGUGUUUCUUCACCAGAGUUAGCAUUCAGAGCAUCUUAAUUGGAGUUGUUUCUUGGCUGCUGCUCUAUAUGGCUCAUUGAUAUGCACCAAUUGUUAAAACAGAUUCAAUUUAAAAUAAAUAUUUUGUACAGCAUGUUUUACUUAUGUUGUCUUUAAGAAGUCAAAGUUACCAGUAAUUACAUAUUUCAAUUUUUCUGAUUUACCAUUGUUUGAUAAGAAAUGCCCUUUUGAGUAUAGUGUUUUUGUCAAUGGCUUUGUUAAAAAGACUGCAACCAAUUGUCAUAAGUUGGUUAUUAGUAAGGGAUUCCUCACAUGGUCAAACAUCAU